AUGACUACCGAUUUUGAAGUGUUUAGUGCCGCCAUUACCAGCGAUAUGUCGAUGCUGUGCACAAAACAUUUCAAUUUUAGUCAUUCUGUUGACUAUCUGACUAUUGAUGACUGCAAUGUGGAGGAAAUUGAGACUGAAUUUUUGAUGAACACAAAGUACCACCCUAGUGCAUUGCAGAUAAGCCAGAACCCUAUCCAGGCCUUAAGGAAACACACUUUUAAGAAUCUUGAAAUAAAGUGGUUCUAUUUGGACGGAAAUCUCAUCGAAAUGAUUGAUCCUGAGGCCUUUUUUAAUCUAACCAACGUGAAGACUAUUAGUUUACAGUCGAACAGAAUCCGAAUGUACAAUAGUGACUUUUUUGUAAACGUUCCAAAUUUGGACACUUUGAGUUUAGAAAAUAACCGAAUCCAACAUCUGAACGAACACAGCUUCAAGUUCCUGCAAGUCGACGGAUCUGCUUUAUACUUGGGUUUAAACAAAAUUUCGGAAAUUAAUCCGAACGUUUUUGGAAAUAUGACCGCCGAUAACUUGACCGUUGAUUUGCGGUACAAUGCCAUAAACAACAUUCCGGUUAAAAUUUUCCAGGGCCGUAAUUUCCAUUCGUUCAAUUUGACCGGAAAUCAACUCACGUACUUAAGAUUUGAGCUUAAUUGUUUGCCAAAGUCUUUCAUCUACGAAGCGGCGCAAGUGGUUUAUUUUCAUUAUUAG